CAGUGUUUUACCAAGAAGGAAAACAUUGUGAAUUAGUUUUUGUUGAUAUGCCUUAAAGUUUUUAUAUUGCUUUAAGGAAAUUAUCUGAUUUUUGUAGGGAAAAGCUACUUCAUUCAAUUUGUACUUUAAUGAUGAGUCAUAUUGUAGAAAGUGAUAUAUAUAUUGUAUGUGGAAUUCAAGGAAAUUAGUAUAAUUAUAACAGUGCAUGGUAUAUAAUUAAUUGGAAGGGGGAAAUAAUUAUAAAGUUUUGUUAUUUUUGGAAUAUGGAUUUAUUUAAAGAUAUAGAUUGAGUGAUUGAAAAGAAAAACACGCAGAUGUUUGUGUAAGCAAGACAUAAACUAAGUGACAUCCAACCUAACAGAAUGGAAGAUCAUCUACACAAACGUGACCACACUGGCGUACAGGACUUUGUUCUACUUGAAGACUACACUAAUCCAAAUGCAUUUGUCGAGAAUCUCCGGAAACGGUUCCAGGAAGACCUUAUCUAUACAUACAUUGGACCAGUAUUGGUAUCAGUUAACCCCUACCAUGAACUGGACAUAUAUAAUGCUGAGGUCAUGAAAAGUUACAAGAAUGUCAACUUCUAUGAGUUACCUCCCCAUGUGUUUGCAAUUGCUGAUGCCUCGUAUAGAUCUAUGCGAGGUGAAAACCGGGACCAAUGUAUACUGAUCUCCGGAGAGAGUGGCGCUGGGAAGACAGAAGCAUCGAAGAAGAUCCUUCAUUAUAUAGCCGCUAGUAGUAAAGAUACGAAAGAUGUUGAACGAGUUAAAGAUAGGCUGCUAGAGUCAAACCCACUACUUGAGGCUUUUGGAAAUGCCAAAACAACCAGAAAUGAUAAUUCCAGUAGAUUUGGAAAGUACAUGGACAUCCAGUUUGAUUAUAAGGGUGCUCCUGUCGGAGGUCACAUUCUAAAUUAUUUAUUGGAGAAGUCUCGAGUGAUUCACCAGGCCAAUGGGGAGAGAAAUUUCCACAUCUUCUAUCAGAUGCUCGUUGGAGCUACCCCAAUCAUGUUGAAACAGCUGAAACUGUCUUCUGAACCAGAUAAAUACUUUUAUCUAAAUCAGGGUGACAGUAGUGUGUUACAGACUAUGGAUGAUCAGGCCAACUGGAGGCACGUACAACAUAGUCUUGAUGUCCUGGACUUUACACAGGAACAACAGAAGGCCUUAUUUGCUAUUGUUGCAAGUGUGUUACACCUGGGUAAUGUAGAGUUUGGCACGGAGGAACCCAAAGAUGAUGCUAAAGUGACCAAUAUAGAACAUGUUGAUGUCAUUUCUGAUUUAUUGGGAUGCAAAGAGGAUGCUCUCCUAUCAGCCUUACAAAACAGAACUAUAGAAGCAAAAGGUGAAAAGAUGAAAUCUCCACUGACAGUGGAUCAAGCCCUGUAUGCACGAGACGCCUUAGCUAAAGGAAUUUAUGACAGACUUUUCACAUGGAUAGUACAUAAAGUGAAUGCCUCCCUCUCUCAUAGGGCAAGAAUGAAGUGUUCAUUGAUGGGACUGCUAGAUAUUUAUGGUUUUGAAAUCUUUCAAGUGAACUGUUUUGAGCAGUUUUGUAUAAACUAUUGUAACGAGAAAUUGCAGCAGCUAUUUAUUCAACUUACACUUAAAUCUGAACAAGAGGAAUAUGAAAGAGAAGGAAUACAGUGGGAACCAGUCAAGUACUUCAACAAUAAGGUCAUCUGUGACCUGAUCGAGUCUAAGCCCCUGGGUGUGAUCUGUGUGAUGGACGAGGAAUGUUUGAGACCCGGGGAUACCACUGACCAGACCUUCCUGGAUAAACUAUCAGAGAUGAUAGGGAAACACCCUCACUUCAUCAGUCACAGUGUGGCGGAUAAUACCACUAGAAAAACCAUUCAGAGAGAUGAAUUUCGACUGUUGCAUUAUGCAGGUGAUGUUACCUACAAUGUGAAAGGAUUUCUGGAUAAAAACAAUGACCUUCUAUUUAGAGAUCUCAAAGAGGCAAUGAGUCAGACAACAAACAUAAUCACACAAGAAUGUUUCCCCAAAGAAGAACUUAACAGCAAGAAAAGACCUGAUACUGCAGCUACACAGUUUAAGAACAGUCUGGGCCAGUUGAUGGAGAUUUUGAUAACUAAGGAACCAUCUUAUGUAAGAUGUAUUAAGCCAAAUGACUACAAACGUGCAGGCCAGUUUGAAGAAAAAAUAGUGAGCCAUCAGGUGAAAUACCUCGGUCUAAUGGAGAAUUUGAGGGUACGCAGAGCUGGUUUUGCUUACAGAAGGCCUUAUGAAGUGUUCCUGAAAAGGUACAAAAGUUUGUGUCCAGCUACAUGGCCUAACUAUCCAGGUGAUGCCAAGGUUGGUGUUCAAACUCUUGUCUCCUACCUACAGUACGAGGACAAUGACUACAGGAUGGGGAAAACAAAAUUGUUUAUACGAUUUCCACGAGUGUUGUUUGCAACAGAAGAUGCAUUCCAGCACAGAAAACAUGAGCUAGCUACCCAGGUUCAAGCCAAGUACAGAUGUUACCAUCAAAGGAAAGUCUAUCUCAAGAUGAGAAUAUCAGCCAUCAUUGUACAAUGUCACUGGAGAAGAUUUCUGGCCAAGAAGUUGUUGGAGAGGAGAAGAUGGGCAGCCCAAGUUGUACGCAAGUUUGUGAAGGGAUUCAAGUAUCGUAAUGAGCCAGAAUGUGAUGAGAACAGAGAGUUUGUGAAGUUCACCAAGAUGAACUAUCUCAAACGCCUGGCAAAAUCUGCACCUAGAACAGUGCUCGAUAAAUCCUGGUUACCGGCACCAAAACUGCUGCAUGAGACCUCUGACUUGCUGAAAACAUUGUGUAUGAGAAAUCUUGUAUUGAGCUAUGUGAAGAAAAUCUCGCCAUCCAUGAAAAUACAGAUGCAGCAGAAAGUGGUAGCAGAAAGACUAUUUAAAGACAAGAAAGAUUCAUAUAAACACAGCAUCAAAGAUCAUUUCGUGGACAGCAGAUUAGCUGCUCAUCAUGAAAGCCACAAAAAUUCCCUGCUGUCCUCGCUUAAACAGUCAAAUGAAAAUAUAAAGUACUGCACAUAUGUGACCAAGUACGAUCGUCAUGGUUAUAAGAGCAGGAAGCGUGUGUUAUUCUUGACUGAUUCCACGUUAUUUGUUGUAGAGGAGAAGGAUUUCAAAAUUAAAGAUAGAGUACCAUUCUCUUUAAUUAAUGGUAUACAGACGAGUUCAUUAAUGGAUGGUAUAUUUGUGAUUGUGAUAGGAAAUGUGGAAGAGAAUGGAUCCAAAGAAGCAUUGAAACAGCUUGAACGGGGUGACCUGAUACUACAGAGUGAUCAUAUUAUAGAAACAUUGACUAAACUAGUUAUGAUAUCAGACAAGGAGAAUGUUCUCAAAAUAUCAACCAACAAUGUCAUAAACCAUGAUCUUGCCAGUGGUAAACAAGGAAGCAUAGAGUUCACCAAGGGAGACAACUAUAAUGUUAAGAAAGGAAAAGGGGGACAACUCAUAGUCGUAGAUGGUUCCAAGUCUGGCUUAAAUGGUUCUGAUCUUCAUCUAGGUGCUCCCAGAACCAGCUAGUCUUUUGACCUUGACAUUGGUCUAGGAACUAUGAGCUGAUCUCCACAGAAACAAAAGAUCUACUACAAGACAUUCAUAUUGCUGCAGCUUGCAUAAGUUUACUUGUUUUUUUGUUGUUUUUUUUUUCAGGGGAAAGAUCUCACUAUUUUUUAUAAUAGCUGAUUAUGAGCUAGUUUUUAAUUAAAAAAGAAAGAAAGACUAACUUCAUCUGAUUUAAAAGACAGAGACCAAAUUUUGUUACUUUCAAAAGAAGCCAAUCUAAAAUAUAGUCUGAAUUUGUUGUAAGCAACUAUAUAACGUCUGUCACCUGAGAUAACAUAUCUCAGAUAUACGAUUGGUUAGAAACAGCCACAGAAUGUUCACUGACCAAUGAAAAUCCUGAGAUUUCAGACAGCAACUCAGAAUAAAAAUGUUUUAUAACCUCGAGGCCUCGUUUUUUAAUUGUAAUUUCAUUGCACAUAAAGAAAUAGAUUUUAACUUUGUUAGUGUCAUGAAUAAUGGCUCAAUCAAAACUUAGUGUAGGAAAAGUUAGAUCAGAAAUGUAAAAUGAAUAAUGCAAAUACAUUAUUCAGUUGGGAAAGAUAAUUUAUUACCUUUCUACCUCAAACUUUUUAUAAUGUCUACUAAAUACAAUGUUUGAUAAUUUGGAGCAAUGUAUGCAGCCUCACAGCUUUCUCUGACUAGCAAACUGUGCCUUGUGUUUUGCUGUUUUUGUUUUUUGUGUAUUUUUUUGAUCUUAAAGUUCUAACAAUUUAAAAGGACAUACAUUUUCUUUUACUUUAUGGUUAAUUUAUAAAAAAAAAACCUUAUUAUAUCAUAAUACAUGUAUUUUCCUUGUAAAAGUACAUCUUUCUUUUUAUACAGGGUCUGAUAUUGUGUUUAUAAUUUGAUUUUGGCUUGAUAUUGGAUUAUUGGAUUUUUAUUGUCCUGAUGUUGAGUAUUGAUUUAAAAUUUGAUCUGAAUAAGCCUGGUGCUUGAUCUGUUAUUGUUAAGUUUAGGGGUCAUCAUUUAUCUCAUCAUGGAGUUAAAUUGGCCUAAUGUUGGUUUUGUAUUGGUCUCGUAUUAGAUAUAUCUAAUAAUGGCUUUGUAUUGGCCUUAUUUUAGAUAUGUAUUGGUCUAAUUUUGGCUCUGUAUUGGCAUGAUUUUAGAUAUGUAUUGGUCUAAUUUUGGCCCUGUAUUGGUCCAAUAUUAGAUAUAUAUUGGUCUAAUAUUGACUCUGUAUAAGUCAGAAAUUAGAUAUAUAUCGGUCUGGCAUUGGCUUUGUAUUGGCCUGAUAUUUGUAUUAGAUCUGGUUUAACUUAUUACUGUGUUUAAAAUGCCAUAUGACAUCAGUUAUAAAAGCUGCAGAUCAAAAUUGCCAUGUGUUCAUUUUGUCUCCACUAUUUACAUAUAACAAUGUAGUUAAUUACAAUGUAGUUAAUUAUACACAUACAUGUUUACUUCAUAAUUAUAAUGUAUUGCUAGUCAGUUGUUUAAAGAAUGAUUUAUUUUGUAGGAGAAUGGCAAUUUGUGUAGAAGUAGAAUGACUUAUGUAUAUAUAUAUGUGUUAGGGAAAAUUUUCACAUAUAUUUUGUAUAGGGACCAUAUCAUAAAAACUAUAUACAAAUGUGUGAUUAUCAAACUAUGACAUUUUAGGCUUGAACAUCUCUUGAAAUACCAUAGAUGUUUUUAGCCUUAACUAUUAUGUUAAAUUUGUUUUGUAGACCUGUCCAGCUUUGAGACUGUCUAUUGGUUAUUGCCAAAAUGCAAAUUGUUAAUUAUUAAGCAGUCAAUACUAUGACUAUUGUAACUUUGUCAAACUGCACACACAUGGAGGCUGUACUUGUUAUAAUUAAUUAUGCUGUUAAAGGAAGAUCAUUGUCACUACUCACAUAUACAGAGUUAUUAAUUUUAUAGUAUGAUUUUUCUGUUAUCCAAGCUAGUCAACCAAAACACAAUGUGCCAUAUGUAUGUGGUAUACUUUGUAUACUGUAAGUCAUAUUGUUCACUUUUAGUGGCAAACACUAUGAAUGAAGUUAUUGGUGGUGAUAUUUUAAGAAUUUCAAAAGUAUAGUUUCAUACAGGGUUGAAUUUUUUUUGGCGUCAUUAAAUAACAUUGAUCCACACUCAUUCUUUGUUACUAUUUAUAGAUUUUGUUGUAACUUGUGCUGCAACACUUGCCCUGCUAAUUUGACUAAACAUCUGGGCUUGUCAUGCUUGUGAUUUAGAACAGUCAGUUAAAGGAAUUACAAUAUUGAAAUAUCAGGAGUUGAACCGCCUGAUGUCUGGAGACUGGUUAGAGACUACAUGGAUGUACAGGGCAAGCCUGAUCUUUCAGUAUUCUUAAUGCAGAUGCUCAAACCUAUUUCAUCAAGUUCCAUGAAAUUUACAAAUAAUAAGGCACACAACUUCUGCAAAAUGUAAUGUAAUUUAUAUUGUUUCUUUUUUCUUUCUUUAUUUUUCUAUGAAUUUAUCUGUGGUAAGAGUUUAUACUGUUAAAUAUUCAUUGAUUGAAUUAUAAUAUUAUAUUUAUUGUUAUAUUGUUGUACAUGUAAAUGUCUUUCAUUAUUUCUUGCUAUAUAAAUUGUGUAAUAUAUAAAUUUUACAUUAUCAUGUAUAUAUGUAUUCAACAGCCUUAUUUUCUUUUAUUGUUGAUGUGCCUUGAAAAAAGUUUUUUUGUUUUCUUUUUGCCAUAUAUUAUGCACAAGUCAAUUGUUAUCCUAGAUCCCGAUCCCCUGUGACACGGAGGGGGUGGGGGAUGAGUUGAGUACAGUGUUUAUCUUCUCCAUGUUCCUGCACUGCUGGAAAAACACAUUUUGUUAAAAAAUUUGGUGCAAGAGUAGUGGGGAUAUUUUCAACUCAGUGUGGGAGAUUUUAUGGCCUGAUUUGCAGAGUGGGACCUUAUACAGGUUUGGUUAACCGAAAAUAAAAAGGGUAACAAACCCCAACACACACCAGUUAUCCUGCUGUUAAAAAAAUAAUUGCACUUACAAUAAUAGCUGUAUUAAUUUUAGAAACCACUCUGGAAACAAAUGAUAAUUAACUAUCUAUUUCACAAUAGACAGUUAAUUAACUGUAUUGUAACUUUGUAAGGUAUUUGGGUAUUGAUUUAAAAUUCCAUGGCUUCAUUUUUUUACAUGACAUCGGACAAUGUGCAUGAAUUCUACAGAUUUAAUUUUCAUUAUGUUGAGUUUUUGACCGAGAAGAAAAUGAUCAAGGUUUAUAGAUCUGUACCAGAUUUUUUUUUCUGUUUUUGUUGUUUGUUUUGUACAUGCGAGUGUAUGUAGUCAUUACUGUAUAGAUAUAUUCAACUACAUGUAUUCCAUGUAUUGUUUUUUGUGUUGUUUUUUUUGUGUGACUUUCUGUUAAAAUGAUAUUAUUUUCCUAAUUGUUUAACAUAAAAUAUGAAAUUUUGAUCUUUUUAUGUCUGUUGUGUUGAAAAAGAUCAGAAUUUUAUAUUUUAAAUUUACCAACUGAUUUAUAUAAAACAUUUGAACAGUUGUAAUAUUAUAACACUAUGUUACACUCAUAGCUUUGUAUUGGUUGGUUUCAGGAAUGGAUUUAAGAGUGUGACCAUGCACAAGCUUAUAUCAUCCUACAUGAUUAAACUUGAAUAAAUUCUAAAUUGAAAGAUUUGGAGAAGGGGACAACACAUCAAAACACAGGAGGCUGGUUAUAACUAUCGGUUUCUAGUGCUAUAUGUACCCUUCUUCAGGUUAUUGAUAAAUUCUGUAUAAACUAAACUCAAAAAGUCAUUUAUCCCUUCAUUUCAUAUAUCUUUGUAAGAUAUGUCAGGGGAGACAAUUAAGUCAAUUUUUGUGAACCUAUAAAAUCAACAAAAAUUUUGUUGUGAUUGUACUUGUGUGUAAUAUAGUGAUUGUUUGUAAAAUAUGUAUCAAGUGCAAUUUCCAAAUAAAAAGCUUUAUUUCAUUGCAAAAUGUA